GUUAUUCUAUAGACAGUGAGCCAGAUACCUGUUAGAACAGUCUCGACAGGAAGACUGCAGUUAUGGCACCCCCCCAGAUCAAGCUCUACCUGGACAUUGUGAGCCCAUUCGGUUACAUUGCCUUCCAUAUUUUGCAGAACUCCCCCGUUUUCGCUAGCUGCAAUGUGACAUACGUCCCUAUUUUCUUGGGGGGCCUGAUGAAAGCCUGCGGGAAUACGCCUCCCAUCCGGGUCAAGAACAAGGAUAUAUGGAUCAACGAGGAACGACGCCGAUGGGCUCGCUACUUCUCCAUCCCAAUGGUCCAUGACUCUCCCGAAGGCUUCCCGCCAAUGACACUAGCCCCGCAGCGCGCUCUCUGCGCCAUCUCCCAGAAGAAGCCCGAUCAGUUGGCGCCGGCCAUUGGAGCUCUCUACCAUUCGUUCUGGACAGAAGGCAAUGCCAAGAUCGGACAGGUCGAGGGGUUCCAGCCGGUGCUGGAGAAAGUCCUCGGAAAGGACGGCACGCAGGAAAUCCUUGCAGCGGCAAACGAAGAAGAAACCAAAUCCCGCCUGUCAGCGCUCACGGAUCAGGCAUUCCAGUCGGGCGCGUUUGGUCUGCCUUGGUUCGAGUGCACCAAUAGCCAGGGCCAGACUGAGGGAUUCUGGGGCAUCGACCAUCUGGGACAGGUUACUGAUUUCCUGGGGUUGAACCGAGCUACCGAUAAGGGAUUCAGAUCAUUGCUGUAAAUAAUAAUAUAAAAAAAGAAUAAAGAUAUCCUUCUCAUUGGCUGUCUGGGUAUAUGUCCAUGCAAAUGUCAAUUUCAACGCGCGUACAACAAUAUCCACUCACACUCACUCCUCCCACUUCCACACACAGGGGUCUAGUCCGCUAGAUAGCCGGCUUCGGGGCAUCGCUCCGAUGUUUCUCGCGGAGGAACUCAACGAUCUUCUCCUUCUCCAUCUCGU